AUGGCUGAAUAUCGGAAACUUCCUCCCAUUGGACCGAGAGUUCUUUCUCCAGAACAGCAGGCUGUCCUGGAUGCCUUGGACAAGCCUAAAAACCGAGGGAAGAGGAUCUCCAAGAAAGAACCCACUGAGGAAGGAAAGUCUAAGUCCUCCAAGUCCACGAAACGCAAGACUGGUGAUGGGGAUUCUUCUCAGCAAAAGAAAAAGAAGAUAAAGAAGAUGGCAAGAAGGUCUAAGAGUCCCACUCCUCCAUGUUCAGAACAUGACGAUGACAAUGAAGAAGAGGAAAGUCAUCAUGACUCCCCAAGGGGGAACACUCCUCCCCGUUCACCUACUCCAACCGAAUCUCCCAAUCACAACAGAGUUCCAACACCACCUCAAUCACCGAAACAUACCAUACCUCUCUCUGUUCCUAUUAUUACUCCACCAGUCACAUCUCAAGAAACAACUUUACCAUCACCACCUCCCAUUACUUCCAUUCCUAUUUCCACAACUCCUUUAUCAUCUCCAAUCCUUACAGAAUCCACAACCACUACCAUUCCUAACCCCACAGUGAAUGUCAACAUAUCUAAUACGGGGGCAACUACUGACUCUACUUAUUUCAGUCCAUACCAGCUUCCGACUGAUGAUGAUAUUGAUGCUCCAGUCACAACUCAACAUUUACAGGAAAUUCAUGAGAAGCUCGAUCGCUUACUUGACGACAAUAAAGCUUACAGUGGUGUUGUUCUUAAAGCCUUCCUCGAGACUGCCAUCGAUCAGUACACAGAGGCCAUUGAAAAAUCUACUCAGGCAGUUGAUGUGUCUACCUCUUCUUGUAAAAGGGAAACAACAUAG